ACUAAUGGCGCACCGUGGCACAGUGCGCCAUUACUAGUGUUAACUAGUAAUGGCGCACCAGUCACCCCGUGCGCCACUAGCUCUCCACCCCACAUCCAUCCGCCCAUCCAUCCAUCCAUCUAGAGAAAAGGCACCCUGCAGCACGGCCUCUCCCUCUCUCGCUCGUCUCUCCCUGCUCCCUCCCCCCACCCACGAAACCCUCGCCACCGCUGCCUACGCCGCUAGAUUCCGGCGUGUUCCGGCGGCACUCGCCGGCGCGCAGCACAGAUCCGUGCUCCCCUGCCGCCGCUCUUCCCUUCCCUCCGGCCAGAUCCGCCUCUCGCGGCUCCGAGAGCUCACCCACGACCCCUCCCCAUGGCUAGGGUUUCGAGGGUGGCGUCCCCUCCAACUCUGGCGUGUCGCUGGCGACUCUGCUCCGCCCUCUCCGAUGCCCACCGCAAGUCCCACGGGCGGCUCCGCCUCGUGGUCGGUGCUCCUGCACCCGGUGGCUGCGGGGCGGACGCACGCAGCGGGUAAACUCCGGCGAGACGGCGGUGCACUGCAUCGGCUAAAGCACCCCCAUGAGAUGCAGGGAGGGAGGGACGUCCAUGGAUUGGACUGCAAGGAUUGGAUGCAAACCAAUGCACAUGCGGAGGAGAGAUGCAAGCCAUGCCAUGACCUGAAGGUCCCUGCCGUGAACCCCUUCCCCUUGACGUGUAUAAUCAUGCUCAACAUAUGAUUUUUUUUAAUCUUCAAUUCAGCCUAGCUAGCUGUUGUAGUACUUGCUUGUCUCCUUCCAAAUGUUGCCCCAGUCUGUUGAGUUUCUUAUUGCUCCAGGUAGUACUGCUAUUUUUCUGCUCUGCGAUUUGA